AACAAAUUCCUGCGAACUUCUGAAUCAUCCUCCGAAUUCCUCAAAACGGCAAUUUUCUCUUUUUCGCGUGGAGGAGCACUGAGGCUGCCAUCUCUUCGCAAUUGGCUAUUGUAUUGCCGUACAUAGCAAAGAUGCUUCCACAAUUAAGGAUGCGGGCGAAUGCCUCCAUCCUGAGCUCGAGAAGAGCUUCACAAUAUGUCCGCUCCCUCUCAUCUACCGCCUCAUGUCGAGCCAAUGACGCCGACCUCAAGCUCAACAAGAUGUCUUCCAAAAUCACGCAACCAAAAUCACAGGGAGCUUCGCAGGCCAUGUUAUAUGCCACGGGGAUGACUGAGGAAGGGAGAAACAAGGCCCAGGUCGGUAUCUCGUCAGUGUGGUAUUCGGGCAACCCUUGCAAUAUGCAUCUGCUGGACCUCAACAACAGGGUCAAGGAAGGUGUGGAGAAAGCCGGUCUGAUCGGGUAUCAAUUCAACACCAUUGGAGUCUCGGACGGGAUUUCCAUGGGCACAAAGGGUAUGCGGUACAGUCUUCAAUCGAGAGACUUGAUCGCAGAUAGUAUCGAGACCGUCAUGGGCGGCCAAUGGUACGAUGCCAAUAUCUCCAUUCCUGGUUGCGACAAGAACAUGCCCGGUGUGAUGAUGGCGAUGGGAAGAGUCAACCGACCCUCUCUGAUGGUCUAUGGUGGAACCAUUAAGCCUGGUUGUGCUGCUACUCAGAACAACGCUCCUAUCGAUAUCGUUUCUGCUUUCCAAGCGUAUGGAUCCUACAUCUCGGGUGACAUUACGGAGGAGACCAGAUCAGACAUCAUCGGCAACGCCAUUCCUGGAUGUGGAGCUUGUGGUGGCAUGUACACCGCGAACACUAUGGCCACUGCCAUUGAAGUCAUGGGAAUGACCCUUCCUGGAUCAUCUUCCAACCCUGCGGAAUCUAAAGCCAAACAUCUCGAGUGUCUUGCCGCUGGUGAGGCCAUCCUCACCCUGCUGAAGGAAGACAUCCGACCAAAAGACAUCAUGACCCGACAGGCUUUCGAGAACGCAAUGAUCCUCGUCAUGAUUACUGGAGGAUCCACCAACGCCGUUCUCCAUCUCAUUGCUAUGGCUGAUGCCGUAGGCAUCAAGUUAACAAUCGACGACUUCCAGGCUGUCUCUGACCGCACUCCCUUCCUCGCUGACCUCAAACCCUCCGGCAAGUAUGUCAUGGCUGAUCUUGCCAACAUCGGUGGAACUCCCUCUCUGCUCAAGUUCCUCCUCAAAGAAGGAGUCAUCGACGGUUCCGGCAUGACAGUCACCGGUAAGACGCUCGCUCAGAACCUCGAAAAGGUACCCGACUUCCCCUCAGACCAGACCAUCAUCCGUCCCUUCUCCAACCCCAUCAAGAAGACUGGCCACAUCCAGAUCCUGCGCGGCUCUCUGGCCCCGGGUGGUAGCGUUGGUAAGAUCACCGGCAAGGAAGGUCUGCGCUUUGAAGGAAAGGCGAAGUGCUACGAUGCCGAAGAUGACUUCAUCACUGCUUUGGAGAACGGCGAGAUCAAGAAGGGCGAGAAGACGGUUGUGGUGAUCCGCUACGAGGGUCCCAAGGGUGGCCCCGGUAUGCCGGAGAUGCUGAAGCCCAGCUCUGCCAUCAUGGGUGCGGGAUUGGGACAGGACGUGGCUCUGAUCACCGACGGACGCUUCAGCGGUGGAAGCCACGGAUUCCUGAUCGGACACAUUGUCCCCGAGGCGCAAGAAGGAGGACCGAUCGGAUUGGUGCGGGAUGGCGACACCGUCAUCAUCGAUGCGGAGAAGAGAGUGCUCGACCUCGUGGUCCCCGAGUCCGAGUUGGAGAAGAGACGGAAGGAAUUCGUUCCCCACCCCCUGAAGUACAAGAAGGGCACGUUGGCCAAGUACUCGCGCGUCGUCAGCGAUGCUAGCCACGGAUGUAUCACGGAUGGAGAGUUUGUGGAGGGAGGUAUGGAUAUGAAUGAGCAGCUGUGA